AUGAAAAUUUGUAUUAUCGGAGCAGGACCAGCGGGCGUGGCCAUGGCUAAGGCUGUAGCCAUGGAGCCCCGUAACGACCUGGAAAUCCACGUCUACGAGAGAAAUGCCUCGGCAGGUGGGCUGUGGAACUACACGGGCAAAGAGAAGGAGAAAGUCUCCUGCACCGUGCCCGCCACAGACCAGCGCCAAGCCCGCGAAAACACCGUCCCCGGCAUCCCGUACGUGUCUGCCAUGUACGAGCACCUGGAAACCAACAUUGUCAAGGACAUGAUGCGGUACAAAGACGUGCAAUUUCCGCCAGAGUGCGAGACGUUCCCGACGAGACAGGAGGUCGCCGAGUACGUCCGCAAAUACGCCGCCACGAUCCCCGAAAACGUGCGCUUCCACUACAACAGCACCGUCGUCGAGCUCGAGAAGCACGGCUCCUGGCAAUUGACGUACAGAGACACCGUUUCCAAUGCGCUCUCGACCGAAUCGUUUGAUUACGUCAUCCUCGCCCAAGGACACUUCGACCUGCCCUACAUCCCGGAGGUGCGCGGGCUCGCGGAGUGGAACGCCGCGGACCCGGCCAGCAUCGUCCACGCCAAGUACUACAACGACGUGGAGCGGUUCGAGAACAAGACCGUGCUGGUGGUUGGGAACUCUGCCUCCGGCAUCGACAUUGCCACGCAGCUCACCACGUACGCGGGCAGGGUGAUAAUCUCGGCCGCGUCGCCGUCGCCCGUCGCCGACAUCCUCAUCGACAACGCUGCGCAGAUCGGCAAGGUCGACGAGUACCGCGUCGCUGAUCGGUCGGUCGUCACCGUCGACGGCGAGACGGUGUCCGGUGUGGAUUACGUAAUAUUCUGCACGGGGUACCUGUACAGCAUCCCGUUUUUGAAGUCGUACACUGAGGGCGAGCAUGCGAUACUGACGACCGGCGAGCACGUGCGGUAUGUGUACAAGCAGCUGUUCUAUAUUCCGGACCCGACGCUGAUCAACGCCGCGCUCGGGAAGAACAUUAUUCCGUUCCCGUUUGCAGAGUGUCAGGCGCAGUAUGUGGCGCGGGUGAUCAGCGGCCGCGAGCGGCUGCCCUCGCGGGAGCAGAUGAUGCGGGAGUAUGCGGAGGAGGUGGCUGUCAAGGGCGACGGCAAGGGUUUCCACGAGCUGAAGUACCCGGCCGACGCGGAGUACUGCAACCACAUGUUUGAGCUGAUUGAGAACACCAAGUCUGACGGGUUUGUGGCUGAGUACUGGGACGAGCAGCGCAGGGACCUGCGUUCGCGCACGGGCCAGAUCAAGGCGAAGCGUCUGGAGCGGAUUGUGGCGCAUGCGCAGCAGCUGCGACAGAAACACGAGAAGUUCCGGCUGCUGCGUGGCUAG